GUAAUCAUCAAACACUGACUCUUGCAUUGAUAAUGAUAUAAACAUACUUGACCUUAACAAUGUUUUCUAAGUAUGUGCAAUUAAAAUUGUGUCAAGUAUACUUAAAAAUAUUUAAUUCAACAUUAGCUACCCUUGACAUUUUCCUAAGAAACAAAAUUUAUCAAGAGAAAUAUUGAGAGCAAGGUCUUUUGUUGACUAUAAGCUCAUACCAGCCGACUUGUGGUACAGUUUCAUUGCAACCAUGAUCCAUUGCAGUAAAACAUUUGUAUUGCUGACCGUGGCUGCAUUGACUUGCUGUCACCCCCAACCAUGGAGUGAGGAACGCAAGGGAAGCUAUCAGCAUAAACGAGUUCAACAUGGCCACGGUGGGUCGGGAAUAGUUGAGCAGCGUUCUGGUAGCUACCAACAUUCCAUACGAGGAGAAGGUCAGCCCAAGGGAAGUCAUCAAUUUUCUGGCAGUUCAUUCGACGGAAGUGGAGGAGGCUUAACAUUUCCAAGUGAACAUUUAAUGUCUGGAGAGGGAGGCAGCUGGUCAUCUAAUCACAAUGAAGAAAUAGUUGCUUCUCCUAUAUCAAGCAGUGCUGGCUUUGGACAUCAAGAAGUACAGGGAAGCAAACUUGUAAUGAGUGGUUUUGGACCUGUUGUUUAUCAAGGAGGUUUUAAGUCUCAUCGUGGAAGCAGUGAGCAAAGAGUACAAGUUAAAGGAGCUAAAUUGAUACUAGGUCCCACCAAAAAUUAUCAGAUUGGACCUGAAGUUUUUGAGUCAGCUAGUCAUCGGGAAGACAAUAUCUUCAAAUCGCCCUAUGGAAGCAAUGAACAGGAAGACCUGGCUGCACAUGGAAGCAAAUUAGUAUUGCACCAAGAAGAACAUCAUCAAAUAGAAACUGGAAAUACAGGAUCUUCAGGUUUUCUACUUAGUGGCGGAGAUAAACAGAUUGUACAAGAAAUCAGAUCAGCAGCACGACCUGAUUUGUCAGGUCCUGAAGUCUUUGACUCUACAGGUCAUCAUGAAAGUAGCAUAUUUGAAUCCCGUACUGAAGAUAAUAAUCGUAGGAAUCUGAGAGGAAAUGAAAAGAAACUGACUGUACUCCAGAUUGAAAAACAUCAGACUGAAGAUGAGAGUUAUAGAUCAGGUGAUGAAAAAGAUAGGAAUUUACUGAAGUAUCCCCAGGUAGAAAACGAGAAGUCAAUCAAGACAUUACAACACAGUACAUUAGUUGUACAUCAGGAAAAACACCAUAAGCAAGAACAACCAAUUAGCUUUGAAGGAGCAUAUCAUGAUAACAGUGAGAUUGAGCCCCGUCUAAUAACUGGAAGAGGAGAUAAACAAACACAAACCAGUACAACAGAGUAUAAUUUGGAUGGCCAGCAUGAAGAAUCUGGAACAUUAGAGAUUUUAGAAGGCCAAAAAAAUACAAAACCUAAAUCUUACAGUACUCAUGAAUUGCACUAUUCAACUUCCGAAAUGAAACCAUUGUUACACCAAACUAUAGAUCGUCAGUCAGGAUCUGAAAAUUUUGAAAGAGACAGUCUUUUAAAAACAGUGUUUGAUUCCAAUCCAGACACACCUGAUGAAAGGAACCAGCAGAAUCGUGGAAGUAAAGUAGUUGUACACAGAGUUGAACAUUAUCAGUCAAGCCCAAAGUAUGAAUCAGUAAGAAAUUAUGAACCACUCAGUUUCUUUAACAAAAGUGUCAAAAUAGAACAUGAAGUAUUGGGUCAAAGAAAAAGUAUCCCUUUAAAUCUUGGUACAAUAGUUCAUAAAAAAAACACAAGUGAUGAUCUUGAAUAUGUUCGACAACAGGGUAACAGAUUAGUAGAUCGUCUAAUAGAGCAACUGCAGAAUGGAUCUAAUUCUUUCAGAUCAGUUACCAAUGAUGGCAGCACCACAAUUAGUAGAAGUAUUGAGCAGCCACAAGAAGGAAAGUUAGUUAUACGUAGGACAGAGCAUUACCAAUCUGUGCCCGGAAGUGUUGACACUGGCAUGAAAAGUGGAAAGCUUGUAUCUCUUCAUGGGGUUCUUGAACAGGGGCAGCAGGAACAUGGAUUACAUAAAACAGAAGUACAUCAGGUACAGCAAGAAGAGAGAAGAUCUGAGAGAUUGGAAUUAGUCGGACAGCAAGAAAACAAUCAGUUCAAAUAUCCAAUAGAGAGUAGCAGGUUGGGACAAGUAGGAGGUGGCGAUCACGAAAGACAGCAAACUAUACUGCAUGAAGUAACCUCAAUGACAGAACAACAAGUACAGCCUGAAGAGCCUAGAAUAUCAGGUUACCAAAGCAGCAGUGUAGUAACAACUCCUGGAAAAAAUAGAAGCCAAAGAAGAAAGCAAGGAAGCAAAUCUGUAAUUAAGAAGUCUGAAUUCCAUCAAACAGAAUAUGGAGACGUUGAAACAAUUGGUGAUCAAGGAAGUAGUAACUUAAGGAUUAUAAAUCCAGCCUCACCAUCAGGAGAUGAUUUAACUGUACAUACAUCACAAUAUCAUCAGUCAGGCUUUGGAAGUUUAGGAACUGAUGGAGAAGUUUUACCCUCUACUGAAUACAAUAGACCAAGAAAUCAGGGAAUACGAGAAAGCAAAGUAAUUGUACAAAAUACAGAAUACAGACAGAGAGGAUCUUCAAACUUAAGGACUUCAGGAACAGAUAAACCCGAAUUUCCUAUUGAUAUUAAUGAUCUUGCAAGUCAUGGAAUACAGGGAAGUAGAGUUGUAAUUCAAAAGUCAGAGAUUAAGCAAGAAGGAUCUGGAAAUAUUGGAAAUAUAGGUUAUCAAAGGAUUCUAUCUCCUGUUGAUAUUGUAAGAUCAGGAAUUCAAGGAGCGGAAGGAAGCAAAGUGGUAGUGCAUGAGUCAAAAUAUAGACAGAGUUCUGGAGAUGUUGGUUCUUUAGGUUACCAAGGCAGUAGUGGAUCUCCUGUUCAAAGUUUUGAACAAAGCCGAGGAAACAAAAUUGUAGUGCAAUCAUCAGGAUUUCAACAAGGUGGAGAUGGAAGUACCGGAGGUUUAGGUUACCAAAGAAGUAGUAGUAUGUUUUCUCCCAUCAAAUUUGAUGUACCUUCAAGUAAUGUGAAUCAAUUUUCAACACAUAGAUCAGAAUUUCAACAAACAGGAUCUGCAGAUAUUGGGUCUUUGAGCAGACUCUUGACUCCAAUCUCAAGUGACCAAGGAGGCCAAGGAACACAGGGUAGGAGAGUUGUUAUACAUACAUCUGAGAUUAGGCAGGACGGUUCUGGAGGUAUUGGUACUUCAGGUUUUCAGAGAAAUAGUGAAGUGUUUUCUCCAGUUAGAAUGGGUGGACUAGAAAAUCAAGGAGGAAAUGUUGUAGUACACAGGUCAGAAUACCACCAGUCUGACUCUGGAAGUGAUGGGACUUUAGGUAGGCUCUUAUCACCCAUUGGAAGUAGUGGAAGUGUACCACAAAGUUUUCAAACUAUGCAAAGAUCUGAAUACCAUCAGGCUGGAUCUGGUGGUUUUGGAACAUUUGGGUAUCGAAGAAGCAGUGGAUUUAGUGGAGGAAGUAGGAGCCAGGAAUAUUCAGGAGGACAGAGAAGAUCUUGGACUGUACAGCAAGUUGGACAACACCCUGGAGAUUAUGGAUCAGGUCACCAACAAGGAAGCAUGCUUGACUUACUUCAAGAAGGUGGAUGCCAAGGAGAAGACCAAGAGCAAUACCAACUCCAAGGCUUUAAGUAAUUGAUAAGAUUACAGACUGAACUACUAGAUGUGGCUCCAGCUUGGAUCCCUUACAGUUUUAAACCUUCUUCAAGGAUUUAAUUGUGAACAGAAGCUGGUAGGCACAUGACUGAAACAUGUACGAGAAGUGAUUAGAUAAUGUAAUAAUUUAAUAUAUAUUUUUACUUU